GUGACAAUCCACUGGCCUACCUCCACUUCCUGAAGGGAAGAAAAAAAAGAACCUUCCCAGGUGAUUAUUGCUGGAAUGGGUGUGACCCUGAAGAAUGCCAAACAAGGAGAGAGUGGCCCUCUUGCUUGUCAGUGUGGGGGAAUAGAGGGUUUUCCUAUCAAUGUUAACUUCCCGUAACAAACGCUGCAGUCAGCCAGUGUGGGAACACCUGCCCUUACCUGCUCUACUUGGUAACACUGACAGUGGAAAGCACCUGGUGGCUUUGUCAGGGUGCAGGGAUGUUUGACACGCUGUAUGAGUGGUUCUGGUGGGACAGAAUCUGGCUGCCAGUGAACCUGACGUGGGCUGACCUGGUGGACAAGGAGGGUCGGGUCUAUGCCAAAGCCUCUGAUCUCUAUGUCACUGUCCCAUACGCCUUUGUUUUCUUACUCAUCAGAUACCUGUUUGAAAGUUGGAUAGCAACACCACUUGCUCUCUCCGCUGGGAUCAGGCAGAGAGUCCAUCUGAAAGCACAGGACAACCCCAUCCUGGAACUGUACUACACUACUCAGUGUAGAAGCCCUGCUCAGGCAGACAUUGAUGGGCUGUCAAAGAAAAGCUAUUUGUCAGUGAGACAAGUUGAGCGCUGGUUCAGAAGAAGACGCAAUCAGGACUGUCCUGGAGUCCUGAAGAAGUUCAGAGAGGCCUGUUGGAGGUUUGUCUUCUACCUGUUGGCGUUUAUCGGAGGUAUCGCAGCUCUAUAUGAUAAAGAAUGGUUUUAUGACACUCGAGAGGUGUGGACAGGCUUUCCAAAGCAGUCCAUGCUGGAGUCUCAGUACUGGUAUUAUGUCUUGGAAAUGAGCUUCUAUGGCUCUCUUCUCUUCAGCAUGAGCUUUGAUGUCAAGAGAAAGGACUUUAAGGAGCAAAUCAUUCACCACUUGGCCACGCUGGUCCUCUUAUCAUUUUCCUGGUGUUCCAACUACAUUCGUGUUGGAACACUAGUCAUGCUUGUCCAUGAUGCCUCUGAUGUUCUCCUGGAGUCCGCCAAAUUAUUUAACUAUGCCAAAUGGGAGAAAGCCUGCAAUACUCUGUUUGUGCUGUUUGCCAUAGUGUUUAUGGUAACAAGACUGAUCAUCUUUCCAUUUUGGCUCAUCCACUGUACCUGGGUUUACCCCAUUCACCACUACCCUGCCUUCUUUGGCUACUACUUCUUCAACGUGAUGCUGAUGGUCCUCCUCUGUCUGCACAUAUUCUGGGCCUACCUCAUCCUCUGCAUGAUCAGGAAGUUCAUGUUUAGCAAGAUGACCAGAGAUGAGAGGAGUGAGAAUGAAGAGGAAGAGGAGGAAGAGAGCAAUGCAACAGAGGACGAAGCUGCAGAAGAGCACAAGCUUGGCAAUGGACAUGCAGUUCAUGAGAAGGAGGACAAGAAUGGCUGCUUCGGGUGUUUGUCUCCACGAGAGGACAUCUGCCGAUCAAAGACUGUGUACUGACUAUGAUCAGUGGAAACGAAGAUGUGAAAAAAAACUAACAAUAUCAAAUAAAUUUCAUGCACUGCGAGAUGAAAAUACACAAAACAUGCAACUAAUUACCUUCAGAUGCUGGAACACGACCUAACCAUAAUAAGUGUCGCUCCUCUCACAGCGCUUUGAACGGAGCACACCUACAGGGAGAGAGACUUUGAGAUGUAUUUGCUCUGGCGGUUCCUCCCCGGUGUUGUCAGUGGCAGCACUUCACUCGAUGGCCCUCCAGGUCAAAAGAGACAAGUGAACCAAAUGAUCAAACCUAAACACAAGCCCCACUGUGUGCUCAUCACGUUUAAUUUGUUACGCAUUGUUUAUGAAGUGCAGCAUCGUUGUCCAAAAUGCAGGUAAAAAGUAAAAAAGCAAAAAGUAUCAAAAAACAGACUUCCAGUCUAUAAAAGAGAAAAUGACCAAAACUCAAACGCAGGAACAUGGACACACUAGGGAAACGAAGCAUUAAAGAGCAGAGCUGACACAACUAAGCAUGGCCAAGUAGACGAACCAACAAGAACAAAGGGAGGCACAAAGACUUUAUACAGAAGAGGGCAGAGAUAAUAUGACAGAGGUAAGACACAUUAGAAACUGGAACAGACAAUCACAGGGAAAAACAAGAAAAGUAAAGUAACAGAUAACCAGACACAGCAGGAAAUGAAAUGAAAUCCAAACUAAAUUCGGAAAUACCAAACUGAAGAUGAACAAGACAAUGUUUCACAAGAAAGUAACUUUACAUAAACAGAGACACACAAACAAUCAAGUCCCCCAAGCAACAAAGCUAUUCAUAGUCUUAACAAAGGUCCACAAGAGACAAAAGAGUUCAGAGUCUUAACCAAGGGUUCAUGAGUUAACAGAGAGUUUUCUCAAAAGGUCCAAAAGCGCCUGGUCAUAGCGGACCAUUACAUCAGAAGUGGAAAGGGAAGGAGAAGGCUUCUUGAGACAGUAAAUCUGCCAAGUCAGAAUAGAUUAAACAACAGACACAAUGAGAGCACAACAUAUACUACUAUAAUGUAAUAGAAAUAGAUUUUCACACGGCUUAACUCUUCAACACAAUUAAGGUCACAAGCUGGAUCUUGUUUGUCCUUACUAAUAUGUAAAAAAUGAAUCCAGUAAAAAAAAAACAAAUGAAGAGUAAACAAACGUGGGACUAUUGACCAGAAGCAUGGAGACAUUUCAGGUGCUAACAAGGCAAUAGUUCAUCUUAUUGUCCAAUAUCUGCAACAGUCAUUCAUUUCUAUUCUCAAAUCACAAAAAACUACACAUAAAGUGAUGGAAAGACACAUACUUCUAGGUAUUGUGAACAAAAUGAUAUCCUCUAAUGUUGUGGUUGAAUCUAAAUCUGUUUGCUUAGUUUAGUUUUGUUGCUAUCAAUCUUUUGAUUUUCCCAAAAGUUGGACAAGUUGUUCUGGGUUCUGUUGCAGAAGUAAAAUUUAAAAUCCCAUUGAUAUUUGUAGCAACACUGAUAUAAAUUCAGACUUUGAUAGAGGAUUUCUCAGUGUGCUUUGCAAUAGAUGUAUAAUAAGGUUGGAAGGUUUUUUUGAAAAAUUAAUUAUUGUUAUUUAUUUACUAAGUCGGUUUAAUCAGUCUUCAUUGUAGAUGUUUUCAUUACAUGUGCAAAUGAAUGUCUAUCAACUAAACUGACUACACGCAAUCACUGACCGAAUACGCAGCUAUAUCAGUGGAUCCCGUAGUUGGUGAUAGAGGUGUGGUUGUCAGCACAGCAGUGAUUCACAAUGUUAAUUAAUCAUUAAAAACUUGUUGAAUGAUUGUAGAAAA